CCGGCGGGCCGGGCGGCUCGCUACCCGCUGCACUACGGCGAGCCGGCUGAGGACCACGAGGAGGUGGAGGUCCAGGCGGACCAGCACUUGGACCAGGAGCUGCACCAGUUGUGCUUGAACGAUUAUAGGGCGAUAUAAGGAGCUGCUGAGUGGCGGACUGGGCCGCUUCACGGGCGGCGCGGCGCGGCUGCGCGUGCGCGAGGGCGCCGUGCCCGUGUUCCAGCGCGCGCGGCCGCUGCCCUACGCGCUGCGGGAGCGCGUGGACCGCGAGCUGGACGCCAUGCUCCGCGACGGCGUCAUCGAGCCCGUCGACUGCUCCGAGUGGGCGUCACCGCUGGUCGCCGUCAAUAGAGCGGAUGGUGCGUUGAGAAUUUGUGCCGAUUAUAAAGCCACGUUAAACCCCGCCUUACUGGUAGAUAGGUACCCGUUACCUAAAAUAGAUGAUGUAAUUGUCAGAAUGAGUGGGUCAAUGUACUUCUCUAAGAUCGAUUUAUCACAGGCCUACAAUCAGGUUGAGUUGGAUGAGACUAAAUUCUAUACAGUUAUAAAUACGCACAGGGGUCUGUUUAGGUACAAUAGGCUCGUAUACGGAUUAGCGUCUAGUGCCGGUAUAUUUCAAAGAAUUAUGUGCAAUUUAUUGCAGGGUAUUCCUAAUGUCGAGAUAUUUUUGGAUGACGUCAUCAUAGGCGGGAGAACAAAAGAGGAACACUUAUCCGCGUUAGAAACGGUUUUCCAAAGGUUGCAUCAAAGUGGAUUUAAGUUAAAAAGAAGUAAAUGCGUUUUCUUGGUAGAAGAAAUCAAAUAUUUAGGCUAUGUAUUGUCACGGUUCGGGGUUAGGACAGAUCCAGAAAAGGUAGAAGCUAUUACUAAAAUACCUAGACCUAACAAUGUUUCCGAGGUGCGGUCGUUCUUAGGUUUAGUUAAUUUCUAUGCCAAGUUUGUUCGAAACAUGAGCGCGAAGUUGGUACCUUUAUACGAACUGUUGAAAAAGGGGAAACAAUGGGUAUGGUCAGCUGAAUGUGAAAAUGCAUUUAAUGAGAUAAAGAUGUUGCUAAGCGGGGCGGAGGUACUAGCGCAUUACGAUCCUCACAAACAGCUAAUCGUGACGUGCGACGCGAGCGCGCGCGGGGUGGGGGGCGUGCUGAGCCAGCCCGGGCCGGACGGCCGCGAGCGCCCGGUCGCGUACGCGUCGAGAACACUUACCGACGCCGAGAAAAAUUAUUCACAGAUUCAUCGGGAGGCUCUGGCUAUUAUUUUCUGUAUGGGUAAAUUUCAUCAGUAUAUCUAUGGUAGGCGUUUCGUUUUGCGCACCGAUCAUAAACCAUUAGUAUCAAUCUUCGGUCCUAACACGGGAAUACCGGCCAUGGCAGCUAGCCGUAUGCAAAGAUGGGCAAUUAUUUUGUCAGCUUACUCAUACGAUAUUGAAUAUGUACGCACUAAUGAUAAUGGGGCUGACGGGUUGUCUAGACUCCCGGUUAAGUUGUCGGAAAAACGUACAAACACGGUUCCAGAACAAACAUAUUUUCAUUUCGUACAGGAUGCGCUUUUGUUAAAUCAUAAUGAGAUUAGGUGUCUUACUAGGCGGGAUUCAAUUUUAUCAAAGGUAAUCGAGUAUAUUAGGAACGGUUGGCCGGACACUUGCGAGUCCAGGAAUUUGCAACCAUAUUACAAUAGGCGUACGGAACUAUACGAAGAAUUAGGUACGGUAAUGUGGGGUCACAGGGUUGUAAUACCAGAGCUAUGCAAAGCUAGAGUGUUAGGUAUGCUGCACGAACCACACAUGGGGAUAGUGAAGUCGAAGGCACUGGCGCGCAGCUACGUGUGGUGGGCCGGCGUGGACGAGGACGUGGAGCGCAUGUGCCGGCAGUGCGCCGUGUGCGCGGCGCAGGCGGACGCGCCGCCGCGGCACGCUCCGCGCCCGUGGCCGUGGCCCCAUAGCCCGUGGUCUAGGGUACACGUCGAUUUUUUGGGUCCUAUAUAUGGGAAGUUAUAUCUAGUCGCGGUGGACGCUAUGAGUAAAUGGAUCGAGGUGUUUAAUGUACCUAGCACGGUAGCAAAAUGUACCAUUGAUAGGUUAUCCGAGUUAUUUAGUCGCUUCGGCAUAGUUAGGCAACUGGUAUCAGAUAAUGGGCCCCCUUUCACUAGUAGCGAAUUUAAACAAUUUACAAAUAGCAACGGUAUCGAACAUAUUUUUACGGCUCCCUACCACCCGGCGUCUAACGGGGCGGCGGAGAAUGCUGUUAAAACAAUAAAAUCGGUUAUCAAAAAGGCGGUGCAGGAAAAACAAGACAUAGAUAAGGCGUUAAGGACGUUUCUGAUGUACUAUAGAAAUACCGAACACUCAACGACUGGGGAAACUCCAGCUACUUUGUUGCUAGGCAGGCGGAUACGUACGCGGUUAGAUAUGUUGAAACCGGACAGGUUAGGUCGUGUACAGAGGGCUCAACAAAAUCAAAAAAUAGCCGCCGGGGGAGUAGUUAGAGAGGUUAAUCAAGAUGAGCUAGUCUGGUAUAGGCAAUAUCUAAAGGGGGAAAAGUGGUGUCCAGGUCAGGUGGUUAGUUGUGUAGGUCCUAGUAACUAUACGGUUCGAGAUAGGAAUGGGGUACUUGUUCAUAAACACAUAGACCAGUUAAAGGUGCGGAACAGUAGGCGAUCUCUCGCGUGUCCUACACCCAAUAGUAUCGGCCUAAAUUCUCAACCCCAAACGACUAAUGACUUGGGGCCACCGGGGUCGCCUGCCUCGGGUGCGGCGGGCUCGGCGGGGUCGCCGCGGGCCGCGGUCGCCGGCGCGCGGGCCGCCGCUGCCUCUAGCCCGCGCUCGGAACCAUCAUCAUCAUCACCAUCCUCGCCGGAGUGGCACUUCGCCUCUCCGUCCGUGGCGCCGCCCAGUCCGCGCCCAAUUAGAAAAUGUAGAAUAGAUAAGAAAAUAAAUUAUAAGAUUUAGUUAUUCAUAGUUGAGUAAGUACUUAUAAGUUAAACGAUGUUGGGUGAUGGGAAUACUAAUAAUUAGGUAUAAAUAAAAUUAUAA